GACGAACGAGAACGACGACGGGAGUGUCCGCGCCCGCCAGCGCGGUGCAGCGAACGUGGCGCACCACUUGUCGCGCUCUCCGGCGCCGUCUACUUAACCGCCCCGGCAGCGAGCGGAGUCGGGAGACGGCGGUUCGACUCUCCGUUCCAGCCACAGCAAUGAAGCCCAGGCCUCUAGAUUACGGUUGCGGCCCGGCAGCGGCGGCGGCGGCGGGGUGCGCUGGAUGGGCGUGGAGGCCGAGGCCGCGCGGGGGCGGGAGGUCACCAGGGGUGUCGCCCAAGUGCUCCAACUCUCCCAACUCGGCGGCGGCGGCGGGAGCGGUGCACUCGGAGCACCACCGCCGCGGCGACAGCGUGGUGCUGCUCCGCCCGGUGGAGCUGCCCGGGACGGGGUACGGGUCGGAGGUGGAGGCGCGGAUCGAGAGGGUCAUCUUCGCCUGCCGCUUCAUGACCUUCCUCGGCAUCGGUGGCUUGCUCCUCGGCUCCGUCCCUUGUUUCCUCAAGGGAAGCGUUCAUGUGAUGAAUGCCUUCGUCGACUACUACCUGCACGGCGGAGGGAAGCUCAUACUCAUGCUGCUGGAAGCCAUUGAAAUGUUUCUCAUUGGAACGGUCACGUUUGUCUUGGGGAUUGGCUUGUACGAGCUCUUCAUCAGCACCAUAGACUCCUCUUAUGGGUCCAACCUCUUCGGCCUUUUCAGCCUUCCGGAUCGGCCCAAGUGGGUUGAAAUCAAGUCGUUAGAUGAUCUCAAGACAAAGCUGGGUCAUGUCAUUGUCCUGGUUCUACUGGUUGGCAUAUUCGAGAAGAGCAAGAGGGUGACCAUUACAUCCUGUACUGAUCUCUUAUGCUUUGCUGGAUCGAUUUUCCUAUGUUCAGUUUGCCUCUACCUACUUUCCAGGCUCAAUACCAGCAAAUGAGGCAGCCAUGCCUGAAAUAAGAGUGUUUGUAUAUAAGUGAUUGGUCUGUUCUGUUGCUGUGCAAUGCCUCAGGUUGUGUUCUUGCAGUAAUUAACUGGGAAGUGUGGAGAUACAGAUUUCCCAUGUACUCAUGUAUGGCUAGGGAGUUUCAGUUAGGCACAACCACACUACAUUGAGUAUCGUCCUGUAUGUGUAGCUCGAUGUAAUGCAAUCAAUACUGAUAUUCUCUUGAGCAAGCUUAUUUCAGUUUUGUUUUUA